GCUGCAAUGGACCAAAAGACCCAGAUGAAAGUGCCCAGCAGGUGUGCUUGAUGUCCAAGAUAUAUUCUCACUUCAUAACAGGCUAGAAAUGCACCACAUGGUCUCAUAAAGGGAAUAGCGACACAAUCCAAAGGUGGGCGUUCACGGUUGAGUUGUAUACUGUCGAUCCUACAAGGUUGCGGGAGGGAGACGGCCCCGGCAGUACAUGGAGAUCUGCUCCAUGGUGGAUCGUCACUUGGCAGAAAAUAUCAGUGACGUGAUGAUUCACGUCCAAAUUUCUCUCAGCUUUGUUUGACCGCAUUUUCGAACGUUACGAGCAGGCGAUCGAGGCAUGUUCGCUUUCUACUCGACGCUGAGAGAGUUAGUCCCGGAGAUGCGACCUAUCUCAGCACCAGGUAAUGAAAUGGAUGCCUGCUCACUUCAAAAGGCUUUGCGCGGCAAUCGAUGCAAUACCACCCGAUUACAUUUUGAAGUCUCCGAGGAUUCGGAGCUACAGUUUCCGUCCUCAUCUGGACUUUCACAAGGUCUGAAAAGCCAUCACCUUUCGGAGCCAGGGUCUAUGGAUGACGAGGGCCUGAGCCUUCUUGAUUCCCAGCUAGUGACACCAGAAACUUCUGCUCCCCAAAUAUCAGAACAGGCGACAUCCAAGAAACCAAAAAAGAGAUGAAUCCUUUACCUUGUGAUCAGGGUACACCUGGUGACACGGGUGGGAGCUCAGAACAGCAAGAUAAGCAUGUGAUUCACUGUAAGGUGACUUGGGAAAAAAUCGUAUUUCUACCAAAAUUGUAGGAGCAUCAAUUGACCUCUCGCCCUCUUCGAUCCCCACGGACGCUCCUGCGCAAGUCGAGCCUCCGCAGAAGGUCCUGGACAACCCCCGCUGACGGUGGGCGGCUGAGGUAAUCAAGGUAGCCUCAGCCCUCACUCUGACUGGCAGCAAGCAUACAUUUACAACCUGUGACUUUGACAUAUACAAGGGACUAAUCCUCAUCUCCAGCAUGUUUUCCGGGAAUAUGCUCCAAACACUUAAUGUCCACCUUACUGGGCGUGCCCUAGUUACCAUUCAGGAGACCGAUACGUCAGGAGACCGAUACGACGAUUGCACUACCCGUAAAUCGAAUUGAAACUUCUGUUGAACUUUGUCUUCGACGUACAAUUGAGUCCACGAUCGGAG